CCCCCUGCCGGCGCCCAUUGGCCGGCAGCUCUCGGGCGCCCGGAGACCGGAGCGCCGCCGGAUUGGCCGCGAGGGCCCGUGACGGCGGCACCCAUUGGCUGGGGCGGCUCCGUGACGCGGGGUGGCGACGGGCUCCCGCGUCCGAGGGGCUCCCGCUUGUCAGGUUCUAGUACUAGCUCCUGAUGACGGCUCCAGAUCUACGCGCGGACUUUCUCAUCUUCUGUGUCAGGGCUGAACGGCACUCCACUGGAUGCCUGCGCCACGAUCACGCCCACCGCAUGCAGUCGUGAAGACUGAGUCCUGAACAAGCUCGCAUAGGCCAGAUUUGAAUGAUAUGUGCUGAUUAGAAGGCUCAGUUGUGCUGUGUGGAGGAUAAGACAGUGCCUUACAAAGAUGGGGUUUGGGAGUGACCUGAAGAAUUCACAUGAAGCUGUGUUAAAAUUGCAAGACUGGGAAUUACGGUUACUGGAAACAGUGAAGAAAUUCAUGGCCCUGAGAAUAAAAAGUGAUAAAGAAUAUGCGUCUACUUUACAGAACCUUUGUAAUCAAGUUGAUAAGGAAAGUACUAUCCAAAUGAAUUAUGUCAGCAAUGUAUCCAAGUCUUGGCUACUUAUGAUUCAGCAGACGGAACAGCUCAGCAGGAUCAUGAAGACGCAUGCAGAGGACCUGAAUUCCGGGCCCCUACACAGGCUCACCAUGAUGAUCAAAGACAAGCAGCAGGUGAAGAAGAGCUACAUAGGCGUCCACCAGCAGAUGGAGGCAGAGACGAUCAAGGUUACAAAGACAGAAUUAGAGAAAUUAAAAACCAGCUAUAGACAAUUAAUAAAAGAAAUGAAUUCCGCCAAAGAGAAAUACAAAGAAGCUGUAGCUAAAGGGAAAGAAACUGAAAAGGCUAAGGAACGUUAUGAUAAAGCCACGAUGAAACUCCACGUGUUGCAUAAUCAGUAUGUUCUGGCGUUGAAAGGGGCACAGCUUCAUCAGAGUCAGUAUUAUGACACUACGCUUCCUCUGCUUCUCGAUUCCUUACAGAAGAUGCAAGAAGAAAUGAUUAAAGCGCUAAAAGGUAUAUUUGAUGAAUACAGCCAGAUAACUAGUCUUGUUACCGAGGAAAUAGUGAACGUUCAUAAAGAGAUUCAAAUGUCGGUUGAACAGAUAGACCCUAGCACAGAAUACAACAAUUUCAUAGAUGUUCAUAGAACAACGGCUGCUAAGGAGCAAGAAAUUGAGUUUGAUACUUCCUUACUAGAAGAAAAUGAAAAUCUACAGGCAAAUGAGAUUAUGUGGAAUAAUUUAACAGCAGAAAGUUUGCAAGUAAUGUUGCGAACUUUAGCAGAGGAGCUAAUGCAGACACAGCAGAUGCUUUUAAACAAGGAGGAAGCUGUCCUGGAGCUGGAGAAGAGGAUUGAGGAGUCUUCUAAGACCUAUGAAAAGAAGUCGGAUAUUGUACUUCUGCUAAGCCAAAAACAGACACUUGAAGAGCUGAAACAGUCAGUCCAGCAGCUGAGAUGCACCGAGGCAAAGUUCACAGCCCAGAAAGAAUUGCUGGAGCAGAAAGUGCAAGAAAAUGACGGGAAAGAGCCACCUCCAGUAGUCAAUUAUGAAGAGGACGCACGGUCAGUUGCGUCUAUGGAAAGGAAGGAGAGGCUGUCCAGAUUUGAGUCUAUUCGUCACUCAAUUGCUGGAAUCAUUAGGUCUCCAAAGUCUGCACUGGGCUCUUCAUUCUGUGAUACGAUCCCCGUACUUGAGAAACCUCUGGCAGAGCAGGACUGGUACCAUGGUGCAAUUCCCAGAAUAGAAGCGCAAGACCUGCUAAAACAGCAGGGAGACUUCUUGGUGCGAGAGAGUCAUGGGAAACCUGGUGAAUAUGUCCUUUCUGUAUUUUCUGAUGGACAAAGGAGACACUUCAUCAUACAGUAUGUUGAUAAUAUGUAUCGUUUUGAAGGCACUGGGUUUUCAAAUAUUCCUCAACUUAUAGACCAUCACUAUACAACAAAACAGGUCAUCACUAAGAAGUCAGGUGUAAUUCUGCUGAAUCCUAUUCCUAAGGAUAAGAAGUGGAUUCUCAAUCACGAAGAUGUCACAUUAGGAGAGUUGCUGGGCAAGGGAAAUUUUGGUGAAGUAUUUAAGGGCAUAUUAAAGGAUAAAACUGCUGUUGCUGUUAAAACGUGUAAAGAAGAUCUUCCUCAGGAACUGAAAAUAAAAUUCUUACAAGAAGCCAAAAUUCUCAAGCAGUAUGAUCACCCCAAUAUUGUCAAGCUUAUAGGAGUCUGCACACAGAGACAGCCUAUCUACAUCAUUAUGGAACUGGUUCCAGGAGGUGAUUUCCUCACGUUUCUGAGAAAGAGGAAGGAUGAUAUAAAACUCAAACAAUUAGUGAAAUUUUCAUUAGAUGUUGCUUCUGGUAUGUCCUAUCUCGAGAGUAAAAACUGUAUACACAGGGAUCUUGCUGCAAGAAACUGCCUGGUAGGUGAGAAUAACGUGCUGAAAAUCAGUGACUUUGGAAUGUCUCGUCAAGAGGACGGUGGUGUGUAUUCAUCUUCUGGCCUGAAGCAGAUCCCCAUUAAGUGGACGGCACCAGAAGCGCUUAAUUAUGGGAGAUACAGUUCUGAGAGUGACGUGUGGAGCUUCGGCAUCCUGCUCUGGGAGACCUUCAGCCUGGGGGUCUGCCCCUACCCUGGAAUGACAAACCAGCAGGCCCGGGAACAGGUGGAAAGAGGAUACCGGAUGUCAGCCCCUCAGCACUGCCCAGAGGACAUAUUUAAAAUCAUGAUGAAGUGCUGGGAUUAUAAACCCGAAAACCGCCCCAAGUUCAGUGAACUUCAGAAAGAGCUCGCGGCCAUCAAGAAGAAGAUCACGUAGUGGCGGAGCCGCCUGGACGCGGCCUCUUCUCCCGCAGAGUAAUCCUGUUCUCCUUGUUAACCAUGAGUGUAUACCGUGUUGUGUGCAACCGUCUUCUAAGGUUACUUUUUUAUUAACUGUUUUUUAAAAUAUGUGCUGUUUAAGAAACAAAAACAAAAAGGCGUUGAAGCAGCAGUCCUUGCACGGGCGUGCCUAGCUCAGCCCCGCGGGAGCAGACACGCACGGGCUCUCGCGUGCGGGGAGCCCGCCUGUCUUGCCCGCACCGGGAGCUCUGGCGCUCCGCAGGGCCGCUUUCCUUCAGGCCCGGCUCCCCGCUGCCGCCCCGGCCGCGGACCCCGCUCUGUCCGUCCGUGCGCCGCCUGGCACGCCGUGUCUGCGAGACAUGUCCCGACCAAAGUCAGCUUUCUGCGCCGCCAGGGCGGGAGCGUGUUGGUAAAUAUCACUUCACACUGAGAACUGUUCAGACCUCCCAGGGGAUUUUUCUCCUUUCUCGCCAGAAAUAAGCAUAAGAACCCUCCCAUUUCUGUCCUCCCAGUAAGGCUGUGGUUUUCCUCCUCUUUGCCGGAGAUGGUGGCUGGAGUCCCCUCACAGAGCUGGCAGUUGAGGCCGCGGCUUUUAGAGGCCGUUUUGGACGGCCGUGACCUGUGGCAGAGUCACGCCUCCACACACACAGACACACGUGCACACACACAGACACACACACGUUAUGAUCUGAAUUCAUGAACAAGGUUCUGAGAAAUGUUUUCAGGAGCUAUUAGGUACAGCCCUCUCGGCGACCAGAAAUUGUUUAGGGAAGCUCCAGUGCACAAGUCCCCAAAAGUCAGAGUGUGCUUUGAAGCGCCUUCAUUUGAGAGGAGACAUCUCGGAUUCAGUUCCUUUCAUCCGCACCACUGUCCAGGGCUGUCCGAACUGAAUGGUCCUAGUUCAUAAACACAUUGCUGUGUGUGCACCCGCGGGCAUGUGUGCACGCCCCCCCCCACCACACACACACACAGAUAAUACCAGGAAGUCAGGCAGCUGGGAAUGGAGUGGACGGCUCCGCAGUCAGAGGAGCAUUAUCGAGGAGGAAGCUGUAGAGGCAGCUGCUUUGUCCGCUCCCUGUUCACUUACUCUCACGGCGCUACCUGGGAACUCUCAGCGUUGGCGGACAGCUGUGAGCGCAGCGUGGAGAUGCGUCACGGGGAAAACGCUGCCGGGUUUAAACUAGGAUUCUCUUCGGCUGACUCUUAGCCGCAUCCAGGGAACUUACCCCAUGUUCUGUAUAUAGCUGCCUCAGGAAACACGUGUGUGUAAGAGAUGGUCACGCUCAGGGGUAAAUGUGGCCUGGGAGCUUUUAGUGUGUGCUCCGGCCUGUGUCCAGAUGCAUAGCAGCGAUCCUUUGGUCUGCCGUUCAGUGCAGGCGUUUAUGGGAUGGAAAUGCCUCCCGCCCCAUCCACCUGCUUCCUCCUGGGAAUAUCACUGCGCAGGGAAUAAUGGUGAUGAGAAAAGGGGCUGUGUGUGUGUGAGUCUCAUACGUUUCAUGAUUACCACAUCCAGACUCAAAUGAAAGCAUAAUAAACUUGCCCUCAAAAAUAAUGCAAUAUACAAGGCAACUUCUUUUAAAAGCAGCUUUGUUUCCCUUCUGUCAAAUAUGAUAAGUGAAACCUUCUUUUGAUGGCAUAAACUGCAGUAGAUCACAGCACAGACUCAAGAUUAAGAGCUCUGCUCUACACUCACUUGCCAGCUUUCAAAAGCAGAAAUAAAACAGGGACAUUUCCACCCUUUGCCAAUGCUUCCAAGUGCACUUCUGUAGCAUCCUUUAUUAAAAACAAAAACAGCCUCCCAUCACUUAGCAGCCCCAAAGCUUAGCUCUCAGCAAAGAGAGAGAAUGAAGGUUUGGGCUGUAAUUUUGAGAACAAGACCUGAAGCUUAAUCUUUGCAUUCUGGUGGAAAGAACGAACACGGCUUUGAUAUUUCACUCAUCCAUGCCAUUAGAAUUUACAAGUCACAGCAUAUCUCUAUGCUUAAAUUAAAGAAGCUUUUCAUAACAUCGUGACAUCUGCAGCAUUUAAAUUCUAUCUUAUUCUGUAUCCCAAAGCAGGCUGUGGUAUAGUUCAGGAUUAAUAACUUCUUUCAGGGUCAUAUCAGUUGUAUAGAAUAUUCACUUUAAUAUAGGCACAUGCAUUAUGAAAACCUUAUGCAGACCACUUUUUCACCAUUAAUUUUGUUGUGCUUAAAGCAUAAUUUAUUCAUCCCUUCUGUCACUGAUAAUUAUUGGAAUUAUGUACUUUAGGAGGCUAAUCCAUACCCAGAAAGCUCACAUGCAAAUACUCCUCUGAAUUUGAAAGUUGAUGUAGGGAAAGAAGGCUUCAGAAACAUACAAAAUAGACUUGUUUAGUAAGGAAACGGUGGUAACCAAAACUGCCGCUGGUCUGAAUGUAAUUCAGCCAGGCCACAUCUGUGUUGUGAGUGGGUUUUUCAUUCUCUUCAUCUCUUCUGUUCCGUCUCUGCCGUCAUUCCUUAAAUUUAUGGCUACAGAGUAGGGGGCCGGUGGGCCCAGGCAGCUGGACCCUCACCUGCAUCUUUCUGUCUUGAGUCACCAAGGAACCUGUGUGAGAAAUAGACAGGCUGGUCAUCGUUUUUCAAGGAAAGAAAUCUUUCACUGUCGGGUAGGCAUUUAUCAUCGACACAAGAAACCUAAAAUUAGUUUGUGUUCCAUGUAACCUAAGGUUACUUCCCAAAGCCAAUAUUCUCUUUCUCUUCCAGGAAAUAAUAAUAAAGGGUAUGAAUAGGCUUAGUUUAGAUGCUCAAACCCGGAGGUUUCAUUUCAGUCCAUCCUGUCACUGGGUCCCAAGUGACAGAUCUCAUGUAAACAUUUCUCUUUUAUCUCCCAAAUUUAAGUCAAUAUAGUUCUUCAUCCAUAAUCCACCAUUUUAUCACAAAUACUGUAUUAUUGAAGCCUCUCACUAGCAUUAUCAGUGUAGAACAUGAGUCUAAGUGUUUCAGCCAGUUUUCAUAUUUCACAACUUUUUUCAUUUGAGGGUCGUUUUUAAAAGAAUGUUCGGUCACCGAAACAGUCUUCAUUUCCUUUAAACACAGGACGAUUUUCUUGUGUAUGUUCACCUCGUGUUUCAGCUGUGCCACGUGGUCUCACAUGAAGUUUGGCCAGUACCACCAAGAUAGCUACAGCGUCACAACUCUGGUGUGGCACGUGUCAUGAAGAAAGUGUUUUAAUUAUAUGCCACACACUGAGGACCUUAUAGUGGGGUAAACACAGAAACGGCAACACAGAAAGUCCCGUCAAGGUCAUCAUUCAGUCACCUCAGUCACUCCGCUUCCUGGUUUAUUCUGGAGAGUCAGGUGCACGUGAAAACCUUCCUGAGUGUGCCCUGUGGGCCCUGUUCUGGGACUGUGUGUCCUCUGAAGUAAGAUUAGCUGAUGUUUUCUAAAAAGAAGUAGUUUGCCUUAACCUUCCUUUUACAUACACAUACUCCCCCAUCACAAGAUUGGUAUUUUAGAUGUUUCCUAUCAACAGAAUUGACUGUCUGUAAACACUGUUCGGAGUCACAUGAAGACUAAUUUUUGUAUUUAGGAGGUCACAGCCCUCACUCAGACAGAAUGAAUGCAAAAUACAAAAGGCAACAAAGGGGCAGAUAACUGCAAAAGACACGGUUUCUUUAUGUGUUCAUAUGUUAAUUAAAGGAAAAAGAUUUUAUAUGAAAAUGAAUUUAUAUUACACUUCCAUUAUACUAUUAAGUUAGCAUGAAAGUUUACCAUUAAAAUAAAGUGUUACCUCUUUUAUUACUAA